AUGCUACAAAUAUUCUUUUAUUUCAUUUUACUCGCAUGUCCUGCUGCAGCUGAUAUACCGCCUAUAAUCUACCGAGGAAUUGGUAGCAGUCCUGACAUUGUUCAAAGUUGGGGGGGUUUUCACUGUCGUGGUGGCUUUUUUGGCGAACCCAAAAAUCCUUUUAUGAGUUUUUUACAACACGUUCCAAUGGAACCUGGUAACCCGGGAUGGAAUAGCGAUCCCUGGAUUUCGACUUCGAAAAGUUACGAAUGGGUUAGGGGGUAUUUGGGACGCCAUAAAAAAGGAAGAACGGCAUUUAUUUACCAUAUUAAAACGGCUGGUUUAAGAAAUAUAAUCGAUAUCGCCGAGGAAUAUAAAGCGGUUGGACAAGUUUAUGCACAUUCGGUGGAAGAGGAAGUGGCUGUUAAAGAUUUUAUCCCUUGGUCUAAUAUUGUAUCAUGGGAUAUAUACGAGGUAACGCCCGACGGCAAAGUAAUUCAAUUACCUAAAUAA